AUGGCCAACAGCGAAUACGAAUACGUGCGCCACUUCGAGCAACCCGACACCCUGCCUCCCUCCAACUGGAUCAUAGUGCGCAUCGACGGCCGGGGCUUCAGCAAACUCAGCGCAAAAUACGCCUUCGCGAAACCCAACGACAAGCGCGCGCUGGACCUCAUGAACGCCGCCGCGGUGGAAACCGUGCGCGCCCUCUUCGACGUCGUGCUCGCGUACGGGCAAAGCGACGAGUACAGCUUCGUCUUCCACGAGGCGUGCACGCUUUUCGACCGCCGCGCGGCGAAGCUGGCUACGACUGUUGCUACCCUAUUCACGGCGGAGUACUGCAUGCUUUGGCCGACUUUCUUCCCCGAUACGCCGCUCACGAGGCCCUGGCCUACUUUUGAUGGGCGCUGCGUGGCGUAUCCUAAGCGUAGGAUUUUGCGCGAUUACCUUUCUUGGAGGCAGGCGGAUUGUCAUGUGAAUAAUCUGUACAAUACGACUUUCUGGGCGCUGGUGUUGAAGGGGGAGAUGGGGAACCGUGAGGCGGAGGAGGCGUUGAAGGGGACUCUGGCGCGGGAUAAGAAUGAGAUUUUGUGGAGUCGGUUUGGGGUUAAUUAUAAUGAUGAGGAGGUUGUGUUUCGGAAGGGGACCGUGGUCUAUAGAAAGUUGGAGGGGGUGGGCCCGUUGGGAGGGAGCAGUCGGACUCAGGUUGAGAAGGAGAGGAAGAGGAAGAUGAAGGCGGAGAUUGCGGUUGAGCAUGUGGAUAUUAUUGGGGAUGGGUUUUGGGAGGAGAGGCCUUAUAUUUUGGCGGGUAAGAGGGGGGCGAGUGAAGAGGAGUAA